AUGUUUAACACAAAAAAUUCGUUACUAGGAAAGAAAACAAGUAAAUCUUCAUCCAAAAAAGGAAACAGUUUAAGAAGAACUUUAACUCCUACCACAAAAAAGCAAUAUCAGAGGGACCUAGCUCAAACUGUGACUUUAGAAGAAGUUCACCUAAUUGUUAAAAGAUGUGCUGAUAAAGUACGUUUACAUGUUGUGGAUAUAUUUAAGCCGAUGCACAUUGGCGAUAACGCCAAUGAUGUCAGAAGACUUAUAGGUUGUUUAUUACGUGAAACUCGCGCACAAUGUGAUGAAGAACUCGGAAAAUUGGAUAUUCAUAUUAUAGUCUCUGCUAUGAAAUGGGCUUUAAGACAUUGUGUUACAACUAUUGUCCCAUAUCAAUUCUACGAAGAAUUUGUAAUAUUUGAACAAGAAUCUGAUUUUGAUCCAGAUAAAGGUUCAUUCAAACAAUUUCUACGCUAUCUACCAAAUCAAAACAGAGAUAUACUUGUUGAACUAUUUGAUAUUUGUGCACAGGUAACUGCUGAAUCACACAUAAACAAUAUGUCAGCUGAACGCUUAGUUAAGACAUUGGCCCUUUGUAUUCUGGGCAAUCAAGAUAAGCCACUUGAAGGUUUUGAAGAAGCCUAUAACGAGUGGUCAAAAUGUUCUCAAGCUUGUCUACACUUAUUCCUGGCUUAUCUUCGUGAGAAAGCUGUCACUACCGAAUUAAACCCACGUCUCACUAUCUUGAUAGACAAUUAUGUUGAAGAUAGAAAAAAAUCUGUCACAUCUGUCUACUUUAAAGCUCCUAAUAAUAAUGAUAGAGAUGAUGGAAAUUAUGAUAACAAUAUACAACGACCAGAAACUUUGAACAAUAAAUCUAAAAUAGCCUGUAAGCAUAUUAAAAAAGUUAACCGACAAACGCGUAGCUUUACUACACUACUUCCUGAUAUUAUGGAUAAUAUGAAACGUAAAACAAUAAUAAGACCUAGUACAAUUAUGACAGUUGCGGAGAAAAAAUCAGCCGAGGAAAUGUGGGUAGAAUUUCAGGAUAAAGGCAUUGGAGCAUUAUCUGACGAUUUUAUAAAGCUUUUUUUUUCAUUAGAAUCUCGUGCCGCAGAAGUCAAACUAUCACCAAGUCGUACUGAAAAACAAUGGGGUUCUUUUAGCAAAAAAGGGUUUCAAAGUUUAUAUUUGGAGCCUUUAUCAGAAACCAAAAAUAAUGAAAAAGAAAAUGAUUCUGGCGUUUCUUUAAGACAAACUGUUGUUUGGGAUAGUUUUUCUGAAAAAGGUUUUGAAGAAUCAGAUGUUUUAUCUUUAGUUUCAUCACUUGGUCCAGAAACUUUAAUCAGCAAAAAGAAAUUUGUUAAGUUUCGUUCCUUAAGAAGAACUAGAUCUUUAAGUCCAAUCAAAAGGUUAGCUGCUUUAGAUUUAGAAGAAGAUUGGGAGGAUUGGGAUAUCAUUGAUAGAAGAGAGGAUUUACCUAUUACAACUCAUUUGGCAAUUGAAACAAUUGAUGAAAUCUUCCCUUAUGUAUGGAUGGAAACAACUGUUGAAGAUGAGGGUGAUAAAUGGGGUGAUUGGAUAUUUAUUGAACCAAGAAGUGGUUUAAUACACGAGUGUGAAUGGGUUAUGAUUGAGGAGAAGGCUCAGGUUUUCUCAGAAUGGGAGAAAUCUUUUUCAUAUUCAAGAAGAAGAAAAUUGAGUGCUCUCAGUACAUUUAGUAUACCAUGGGUUAGACCUGGUGCUGCUGGUAAAAAAUCAAGACCUGUCAGUAAAGCAAGCACUAGAUUUUCAGUGGCCUCAACAAUUAGAAGACCUGUACCUGCAAUAAUGGCAAUGUUUGAUAGAUCAAGACCUGAUGAUCAAGUGUUUGCCACAAAUUACAAGUUUCCACCAAAUGCGAUUAAAAAAUAUAAAAAAGAAGAAAAUGAGUCUGAGGAAAUUAAACAAAUGGGUUAUGAAGAAGGUUAUGAAGAAGGCUAUAAAGAAGAUUAUGAAAAAGAAAAUUACAGUGAAGGAUAUUGGGAGGAAGAUGAAUACGCACAAUACUAUCCAUCAAAAGAAUCAUCAGCAAAAAAUUCACAAUAUUCAGAAAAUGGUUAUAUUAAUCAAUAUUCACAAAAUGAUAUACCACAACUACCUUCAAUUACAAAAGGAUACAAUAAUUUUGCUCAGAGACAAAUGAUGAAACAAGGUGAAUUAGUACCAUCACAUUAUCAGCAACAACAUCAACAGCCAUUGUCAUUAUAUUGGGCUUGGAGCCAGAAAAAUAUAAUGUGGAAAUGCUCAGAGGCUGGUAAAUCUUUUGAUGGUGAUAAGGGGACAAAACUUCUCUAUGAACGAGGUAUAAAGGCUUUGAAGAUGAUGAAAGAUAUGUUCCAGUCUCUAUGUUUAGCUGUUGGGAUGGAAGAAGAAAAAAAAAAAUAA